CCCUGCGGGAGGGGCACUGCCUGGCUUCUGAACUCUGUGCAGAAAAACAACAACAACAACAGCAACCCCCCAACCAAACCAAACCAAACAAAAAAAAAAAAACCCCAAAAGACAAACCCGAAAAACAUAGCAAAAUAAAAUCCCAGAAAUGAUGCUGUCCCAGCAAGCCCAAAAGUGGUUUCCAACCCACGUGCAGGUCACAGUGCUCCAGGCUAAAGAUCUGAAGCCCAAAGGCAAAAGUGGCACCAAUGACACAUACACCAUAAUUCAGUAGGGCAAAGAAAAGUACUCUACUUCUGUAGCAGAGAAAACGCUGGAGCCUGUCUGGAAGGAGGAGGCCUCCUUUGAGUUGCCCGGGUUGCUCAUGCAGGGCAAUCCAGAGAAAUACAUUCUUUUCCUUAUAGUGAUGCACAGGUCCCUAGUGGGACUGGAUAAGUUUUUAGGGCAGGUGGCAAUCAAUCUCAAUGACAUCUUUGAGGACAAACAAAGGAGGAAAACCGAGUGGUUUAGAUUAGAAUCCAAACAAGGAAAGAGAAUCAAAAACAGGGGUGAGAUAAAGGUCAAUAUUCAGUUUAUGAGAAACAAUAUGACAGCAAGUAUGUUUGACUUGUCAAUGAAGGAUAAGACAAGAUCGCCUUUUGCAAAAUUAAAAGAUAAGAUGAAAGGGAGGAAAAAUGACGGGACAAUGUCUGAUACAUCAUCUGCAGUCAUUCCAAGCACACACACGCCCGAUGCCAAGGCUGUGCUUUCAAGCAGCGAAACACAGAUGAAAUCCAAACCAAAAACGCCUUUUCUAUUGGGUCCUCAGCGGCUCUCUUCUGCCCAUUCGAUGUCUGAUUUGACUGGGUCCCACUUGUCUUCUGAAAAACUGAAGUCCAGUGCUAUAGGUCCAACAUAUCUUCUCAGUCGCCAGAUAGAUUCCUUUGGAGUUGUUCCAGAAAGUGGAAGUCUCAAGUCUCCACAGAGAAGAACACUAAGCUUUGACACUUCCAAACUGAACCCGCCUGGCAGCAUUGUGGAUGAAGGCGAACGCUCUUUUGGAAGACAGAGUGACCCGUUUAUGAAUGUGACUGCUUCAUUACCCCAAAAAUCUGCAACACUGCCAAGGAAGAGAAAUCCAUUUGAAGAAAGCAGUGAGUCGUGGGACAACAGCAUGCAUUUAUUUUCAAAACCAAUUGAAGUAAGGAAAGAAAAUAAGAGAGAGAAAAAAGAGAAAGUGAGCCUUUUUGAACGAGUGACCGGGAAGAAAGACAGCAGAAGAUCGGAGAAGCUUAACAAUGGGGGAUCUGAUAGCCCCUGUGACUUGAAAUCACCUAGUGCGUUUAAUGAAAAUCGGCAGGACUAUUUUGAUUACGAGUCAACCAAUCCGUUUACAGCAAAAUUCAGGGCUUCAACUAUAAUGCCAUCUUCAAGUUUUCAUAUGAAUCCAACAAGCAGUGAAGACCUCAGGAAAAUCCCGCAGGUCUGUAUUUCAUUCCAGGACAACAAUCCUUUUGAUGCCACGGCUGGGUACCGGAGUCUGACCUAUGAAGAGGUGCUACAGGAGCUGGUGAAGCACAAAGAACUUCUUCGGAGGAAAGACACCCACAUCCGAGAGCUAGAGGACUACAUUGACAACCUCCUUGUCAGGGUGAUGGAGGAGACGCCCAGCAUCCUGCGAGGAGCCAUCCAGGAAAGCUGGCAAGUUCACCAACAGCUAGUGGAGCCAACAGGACUGUGUUUAUAGUUGAGAAGAGAGGGCUAGAGGGAAUAAGAAAGAAGGAAGGGAGGAAGGGAGUGUGUUACUGGAAGAGCCCACACUGUCAGGUUUCACCUCCUCCCCUCCAUCACUGGGAAAUACGUUGGUCUUGUACAUAUUCGCAGGUAUUGUCUAGAGUGACUUUGGAGUGAGUAAAGCACUCUACACUCUGACACUUGAAAACAGGCCAUGCCUUGAUGAAUGAGCAGUUCUGUGGCAUCACUUGGAUGCUAGUUCUGGACCCCUGUCUGCCAUAGGCCUGGAAAUAUCUUUAACAGCCCAUGAGUUAUUCCUCAGGAAUAGAUUCUGUGAAGCAGAGCUGAUACUGUUGUUGGAUUAUUAGAAGUCAGUCUAGACGCACUUAACGUCAGGAACACUGCUCGUUAUAAACACUACUAAAAAAUAGCAAGUUCCUCAUAUAUCUAUGACUAUGUAUGUUCAAGUGUCUCUGUGUAUAUAUACAUGCAUAUACCUCAUAUACACGUGAGCUUUUAAGACAUUUAAAAACAAGUGGUUGCCUCUUGAGGGGUUGAUAUGUCACCAAAAUAUGGGGUCUUUGUUUGAGCCCGCCUCCCUAGAAUGGUAGUUCCUGUGUGGAUCUGCCUUAUGUAUUUGUAAAAAAAUUAUCCUAAAAUUUAAAGUGAAAAGUUAUGAGGUAAGAAUAUUGCUGAUCUUCUCCUGGUAUUUCAGCCUUUGAGAUCUAAAUGCUCUGAAGCAGACUGUCUUUCUGGAUUGGAAAUGAAAAGACUGCCUACAGAGACCAACUCGAGUGCAUCCCCAGCCCUGUAGUGAAUUGCAUUUUCACUGAAAGUUAAAUGAAAGCAAAGAUGAUAGUUUUGCUGAUUUUCAUAUUUUUGGUCACAAAACCGCUUGUUAUCUAUAUUUUCUAAGUUUCUGUGGUUUUUCUAGAAAACAUGGGUUUUGAAGUGAGUUUUUCCCAAAUGCAAACUUAGAUACUUUUCUAAAAUUCAAAUAGAGAAGGAAAAAUGGCUUUUUAAAAUCAAAUUUUCUUCCACUUGUAAUUGAAGUGAUUCUAUAAUAAACUUCAAAGACUAGUUAUAGAUUUGAUUUUCCCAUGUGAGAUCUUGGUAAAUAUUACUUUUAAAUGGUGCCAUUUAAAAUUAACAUUUGUUAGAUGUUACCAAAUUCUUAAAAUUCUUAGCAUAUUUUCACCAUAGCAUUGCUGAGACUCUUAAACUUUCUAAAGCACCCAGAUCUGUGUUUUCAGUGUUGUGACAGAUACCUGCAGGUGCAGUGACAUGCAUCAGCCAAAUAUGUCCUUUCUAGAGUGAACUCAAGCUGUCUGUUUUAUCCUGGGAAUAAGUUUUCCAUAAAUCUCAUCUGAAAAGCGUGGUUCAAAUGCUGCCGCCCCCUUUUAUGAGAAGCAAGUUAUAAGCCACAGUUGUUACCUCCACAAGAAUCCAUAUCUAUGGACUCAUCUGCCCUUGGUGACUGGCUAGGCUGACAAGUAUUUGCCUCUUCAGAAUCUAAAAUGAAGCUUUGUCCAGUGGCAGUCUUGUAGGCAGUGAGGUUUAUCUGAGGCACAGUUAUUAUACCCAGAUUAUAAACAAAAGUCUAAGACAAAUAAAAAGUAUCCAUUUACACUCUGUAAAAUGUUGUGUUCACUCGUGAGCUUAAUGUUUUUAUCAUAGUAAACAUAACAAACUUAGAUAUAAAACAAGUGAAUAUAGCAUGUGACUGUACCCACCAGGCACUAUAGAAAGAAGGCCAACAUGAUUGGUUCAUUUUCCAAAUGUCACAUGGAAUAUUCUAGUGGUUUAUUUUUUGUAUUAACUUAGAAGAGGAAGUAAAAUGUAUGUUUCAGUAAACAGUGCAUGCAUAAUAGAUUUUUAAAGGAUGUUUUAUUUCUACUUUUAGCCUAAAAAUACAUGCUUAAAACCACUUCUACUGACAAGAUUUUUUUUUUUAAAUCACAGAAUCAACACUUCUCUCAAGCCUGAUUUAAGCUAACACACUUCUGUUACAUAAUUAAACUACUUCUUAAAACAACAACAGUAUUUUACAACCUGUCUCUUCCCAGUUCUAAACUCAGCUUGACAGUAUUGCCACGUCACCCAGCUACUGGGACUUGUGUCAUUCCUCGAGCACCAAGGUCAUUGCUUAGACUUGUAUAUAAGAUGCAGUGUAGCCCAUUAAUGGUAAGUGUUGGAAGCAUUGCCUUUUGCUGCUGUGUUCUGCAUCCACCCUAGUUUUGCCCUCCCACCAUGAAUGUAGUAUUAUUCAUAGAUUAUACAUAAGUGCGUGUAUUGCUUUUGGCAGUAAAUCAAGAUCUAGUUGUAAUUUUCCAGCUGUGAAAAUGUCACCUUGUAUUUAAAAGGGUUUCACGAGUGGAAACCUAAGUAAAUAAGCUCAUUAGUGACAGACCUGCUCUUCCAUGUCCCCGUUACCAUCUCCCCACCCCCAUGUGAGUGCUUAUUCCUGAACAAGGAGAAUCUUAAACAAAAUGUAAAAAGGAAGACUUGCUAUUGCUAAGUAUCUUUUGUAACUGAUAAACUAAAGCUUUGUUUUCCUGGAUAGCUUUAUCCCCCACCCACCACCCCAAUAAAAGCAGCUUACCUUGGAUUGGGAAAGCAGGCGAAAACUCUUUGCCUUCUGUGUACUCAUCUUUCCUAAAGGUGCAGUGGAUGUCACUCCUGUGUGUGUGUGUGUGUGUGUGUGAUGUGAGCAUGCCCAGUCAUUUGAUCUCUUUUCAGCAGAGGGAAGGACUGUGCUGCAAGCUGGUGGUGGUAUACAGAGGGUCUGUCAGCAUGCACCGAAAGCCCCCGUUUUCACAGAUUUAUAACUUUAAUAAUCCAGAUGCUGUCCUUGGAAGUAUUUAAUAUGCAAUAGGUAGCACCUUCACUAAUUAAUCUGCAUAUGAAGGGCUUCCUGAUAUAUUUAAUAAGAUGUGUAGAAGCUCUUCAAGCAUUAAACUAAAGUUGACGUUUUAUUUCAUUUACUUUUCUCUGUCAAAAAAAAAAAAU